GGAGUUUCGUGGGAUGUCUGCAGCGGGAGGCCUCGUCAAAAUGCAGGCUCGGCCUCGUCAUUUUUUUGACGACCUCGUCGGGGAUUUCCGAGUCCCCCGUACCCGGGUCUUACGUCUCCCCGACUGUAGCCAUUGAGUCUCAAGCCACCUCUGGGGCAGUGGAGCUCUCGAUCUGCGCAGCGCGUGCCGGCCAGCCAGGCAGCUCUCCAUCAACCAUAUGCUCGGCCCGCGCGCGAAGUGUCGGGAAGGCGAGGCGGCUCUCGCCGAGCAGAGGGAUGGCAAGAGGGCGCGUGCCGACUCGGACCGGCUCAGCUCGGCCCCCACGCGAUGCCCAACGUCAGAGUUGCCCGCCUUUGGUGACGACCAGGACGCCGACGCGCACAAGGAGAGCUGGGGAGCCGCCGCGGUGCCGAGGGAUGGCGAUGAGCUGGCGCUCCUCGGGACGGCGUUCAUCCAGGCGGUGCCCUCCAGGGACGGGCGCCCCCGGAUGGGGGUUGCGAUGCCAGCGCCAAGGGUGGCCCCGCUCAGGCGCCUCCGGUCCGAGGCGUUCUGGGAGCAGCAGGCGGCUGCCGCCCGGCGGUCUGUGUGCUCGCCCUGGGAGUUUGGCGUGAGGCAGCGCCGCCCGUGCCUCGACGAACGCGACUGCCUCAGGCCAGCGGCGGUCGCGGCGCCAGAAGAAGAAGGCGCCGGGGGCGCGGGCGCCGCUCGCUGCCCCAGGAGCUGGGCGGGCGCCGUAUCCAGGGAGUUGCGCCGCGGGGCGCGCGGGUCCGGUGAGACGGCGGCGCCGCCGCCAGGGUCGCCCUCCGCAGCGUUCGGGGCCGCCCUGAGGCUCAGUGGCCGGUCGUAGGAACCGGCUUGUAACCAGUAUGCUCAGGGGCCGCUACUGGGGUGAGUUGGAGGAGUGCCGGGCUGUCUUGCCGGCGUCUGGCGGCGUCCAGGGCGUGCCAUGCAGUCUUUUCUUCUGUGCCUUUCGAUUGGCUACAGAGAGAGAGAGAGAGAGG